AGCUAGCUCUUCUUUAAUGGCCACAAUACCAAUUCUAAUUGUCAUUUUUCUUCUCAUUAUGAGUCUUUAUCUAACCCUUCUUCUCAGACCUAAACCCAUCAAGAUCCCAGUAAAAAAUAGACAUAUUUUCAUCACAGGUGGGUCAAGUGGUAUUGGUUUAUCUCUAGCUCAUCAGGCUGCCUCUGAGGGUGCCCGUGUAACCAUACUCGCUCGAGAUCCUAACAAGCUCGAACAAGCUCGGGAUUCGAUACAUUUGUCUACUGGUGUUGAUGUUAAUAUCGCCAUUGCUGAUGUUAGAGAUUUUGAAACAUUAAAAGCAGUUAUGGAUGAAGUGGAUCCUAUUGAUGUACUUGUUUGUAAUCAAGGUGUGUACAUCGGUGGAGAAUUAGAAUUCCAGAAGAUGGAAAAUAUUAAAAUGAUGGUCGAUGUGAAUUUGAUGGGAACUUUGAAUUUGAUAAAGGCAGCUUUACCUAGGAUGAAGAAUAACCGGAAAAUUCGAGGCCCUGCUUCUAUUGCUCUCAUGUCCUCACAGGCUGGUCAGUGUGGAUUUUAUGGGUACACAACAUAUUCGGCUACAAAAUUUGGUCUCCGUGGGCUGGGAGAGGCAUUACAGAUGGAGCUAAUUUCAGACGACAUUCAUGUCUCUCUUAUUUUCCCUCCAGACACUGCAACCCCAGGCCUGAUCGAAGAGAGAAAAAGAAGACCAAGAGUUAUGAGAAAAAUUGCAGCAUGUUCAAGUCCAAUGACAGCUGAUGAAGUUGCCAGGAAAACUCUAGAUGGAAUAAAAUCUGGAACUUUCCUUGUCUCAUGCAAUUUUCUAGGGUUCUUGAUGUGUUUAGGAGCUGCUGAUUUUGCACCACAGAGGUCAAUCCUCACUGCAUUUGCUGAAAUCUUCGCUGCCGGCUUUAUUAGAUUCUAUGCAAUUGCAUUCUUAUGGAGGUUUUAUGAAAUGGCAUCAAGGCGUAAUACUAAUUCUUCACACAAAAGAGCAGAUGGAACUAUGAAAAACAGUUCAAACUGAUAUAAGACUACUUCUAUUCAGGAUCUUCCUUGAGAUUAUGUACGUCGGUGAUAAGAUUAUAUUAUUCUGAAAUUUAAUCUCAAAAGGAUAUGUUGUGUGUUCAAGUGUCCUGUGAAUUUAGAAAAUCCAUGAAAAUAUAAACAAGAUGCGGAGUCUAAACCAUGGGACCAAUUUUGAUGAUUCUUCAAGAUUGGUCUCAGGUGGAGGAACGGGUGAGAGGUGCAAUAAGACUGAAGAAUGUACGCUUCUUUUGUUUCAUCGCAGCUAUAACAUUUUAUUACCUGGAGGAUCACCUCUCUAUCUAAGGCCAUCUCUUUAGGCCUUGAACAAUAAUAAAUAUCUCUGGUUACCACUUC